AUGACCAGGGGUGCUUGGAUGCGUCGGCAGCAAGAUGAAGGCUUGAAAUUCUGGUUCGCACCCCGAGAGAACGAGAAGCCAUUUACCGAAUCCGAGCGGGCGCAGAGAUGGCGACUGUCGCUGGCCUCUCUGCUCUUCAUCACCGUCCUGCUCUCUGAUCACUUGUGGUUCUGCGCCGAGGCGAAACUGACGCGAACCCGAGACAAGCGGUCGGACGAGGGGCUUGCGAUCACGGACACGGGCGAGUACCCAAACCCCCUCCGACACCAACACCAACACCACCACCACCACCACCACCACCACAUCCCACCACCCGAACCCCAUCGCCUCGCCAGAGAGCAAAAUGUUAUUUUUCUAGGGAAUUCUACCAAACCUCUGUGGCGAAUGGACACCUGUCACCCCGGCAGCGUGUCCAAAGACUGCUUCACUUUCACGGACGCGGAGACCGCGUGUCUGGGCCUCUCCGGCGGAGCGGAUGACGGGACGCAGCUGGCGUACGUGAAUCUGAGCGAUUUGUACCUUUCUUUUUGUAAUUCCUACUCACUUUUGGAUUUGUUUUACGGGUUUACCAGUCCGGACUAUAUUAACUGCACCCUGGAUAUGGCCGUGGAGGUCGAUCUGCCGGGAUGCCGCGAGUGUGUGCGGGGUUAUCAGCGUCUGGACCGGCAGGCGGAAGAGGACUACCGGGAGUUUGAGCUGCUGGUCCAGAAAUACGAGACGGAUGCGUACUCGGUCAGGACGUGCAUGGAGGAAUGUAAGAUGGUGUAUAAGCCCUGGCUGUGUUCUCAGUACUUCCAGACCACCCAGAUGCACUGCACUAAGCGGAUCCCCUGUGGCCAGUACUGUCUGGAGGUGCAGCAGCGGUGCCCCUUCAUUCUGCCCGACAAUGACGAUCUCAUACACGGAGGCAGCCCCAGUUUUAUAUGCACAGGGCUGCUGGAGGACUAUCCGUCAGGCAUGGACCCCAGCGCAGAGUGCUGUGACGUGCGGUGGGACUUAAAAGCCGACAACCGUUCCCGGGGCACCCUGAAAAGAACUCACCCGCCAUGCCAGCAUCGUACCUCCCUCAGCUCCUCGGCAGCCUGCAGACUGUGUAACAGCCGGCUCAAACUCUGCCUGCUGGUCCUUGUCCUCCUACACACUGUCGCCAGCCUCACUGCAUCCCACAAUGCAACGGGACUGGGCCUCCCCGCCAUCACGCCUCUGGAGGAGAGCCCCGCCAAUGAAGAGUGA